CCCCUGCUGCAACCGCCUUCUCGUCCACUUUCCAGACGAGGCGCAGUUCAUCGCGAACGAGCCUUGUGUGUCAUUCUUGAAUUGUGUCAAAGAGGUUCACUGCUUCAUGAAGCUACGAUUUCACUCGCUUUCGCGAUUUUAUCACCGUCCACUUUUGUAAUACGUCAGAGCAAGUCGGAAUGAAGUCGGACACAAAACAUGCAUUGUGAGCCGAUCGCCGGUGAUAGAAUCUGCGCAGGCCUGGCUCAUCUCGAACGAGCCUACUUUUUAUAUUUGAAGAGCAGUCUUGUUUACACGACAACACGAGUGCCUCUUUUUUUCAACGGUCACCGAUAGGCUGAUUCCCUGAAGCCGCAGACGUUUCUGUGCAGUAGUGAGUUUCGUUUCCGCGGACUCCCCCCCCCCCCCCGUUGAAUGAUACCAGGAAAUACAGACAUGAGAUAUGAAACAGACUCGGUCACCCACAGUGCUCAGCUAAAUUAUUUUUUAAACUGACAGAAGAGACUUGCGGAUAACAUGUCAGCCUCUAUUUGUGCCUUUGCCCUGACGUUUUCAACACUAUGCGGAUCCAGAGUGGUAUCAGGAGUCCUCAGCACACCCACAAAUGUCCACUUGACCUCCUAUAACCUGAACCUGGUGCUGCGGUGGGAUUCACCUGAACAGCCAGCCAGCAGCCUGAUCUACACAACUGAGUACAAAUCCACAGUCACAGACUACAAAGUGGGCUGUGUGAACAUCUCCACGCUUGAAUGUGACUUCACAAUGUGCCCUAACAUCUCCGUAUUUGAGUACGGAAAGUAUAGAGGCAGAGUGCGGGCGCAGCUGGGGACAGAGAGCUCCGCCUGGGUGGAAAGUAACCAAAUUACUCUGGACAGAGAUACCAUCAUCGGCCCACCCAGUGUCUCUCUCCUCUCGAAUGGGGGUGUUGUGGAAGUCAGCAUUAAAGAUCCACUGUUCAAGAUCUCUGCACUCAGGAAUGUUUACAACUUGGCCACCUACAACAUCACCUACUGGAAAGAUGGACAGAAGGAAAAGGCCAGAAACAUUAGCAACGUGCAGCAAAACCGGGUGGUUCUUAGUGACCUGGACCCCUGGACCAAGUACUGCGUCCAAGUCCAAAUCAACACAGGGAGCAACCACAACCCCAGCCAGCCCAGCAAAGCUGUUUGUGAGAGCACCACCAUUGAUGAAGAGGCUCCGUGGGUGGUAGCUGUUGGGAUGUUUGUCGCUAUGGUAGCGGGGGUGGCUCUGGUGGUGGUUGCAGUGGUGUAUCGGAAAAAAUGUCUUCAUCCAAAAUAUGUGCUGCCUCAGCACUUUGAAGAGUACCUACUGGCACCCCCCAACUCGUCACUGUACUUAAUCAUGCAGAACUCCCAUCCACCAGAGGAGAUCUACGACCAGGUCAGCAUCAUUGCAGACAACAGGACUCUGGAAGAAGGGCGCCCACUGGAGGCAGCAGGGAGUAGCUGCAGCCAACAGCCUGACACCACAGCAGGGGAGAGAUAGAACGAAGAGGGACAGGCUGAAAAACGCAGAGGCCAUGGAGAAGAGUUGAUUUGCAGGCUUCAGUUAGAUGGGACUGUUAGACAUCAUCAGCAGGAAUGACUUUAAAGAUAACGAGAAACAGUGAACUAUUGAUUCUUGCUUGAGUUUUAAUGCAACAAAUUCUGCAACAGUCCCGCAUUACUCCUCGGUGCGGACGUUACUGUUAGGGGUGGGUGAUGCCACAAAAUUUGGUUUUGAGCCAAUACCAAGUAAUUCAGGGCCAGAAUCGCUGAUAUCAAUAUCGAUACCAAUAUCGAUAGGAUACAUAAAUAAAAGUGGCUUACGUACUUUCAUUAAGGGUAAAGCAGUGUGUCGUGAUUUAUGAGGUGAAUAAUCAGUCUGCUAAAGUAAUAGCUAAUGAUGACCAAAUACAGUUUGAAAACAUGAACCAGUGCUGAAGAUCUGAUUUAACUAGACCAUUAAUUUCACUUUGAUAUGGCCUACCUGGAUACUCCUGUCUGACGCCUCAGAUCCACUGGCGUCACAGAGAUUCGUUGCCGGACGCGACGCCUACCCUGAAAAGGACGCUUUGGAGGCAGAGCCCAGAAAUAUGCGGAAAUACAGAUGGACGCGGCUACUAUAGGAAAGCUCUCACCACUGCUACGAUUAGCUUAUCUUCCAUUGCCAUGUUGUUCCAUAGAGGGAAAGUAAAUGAAACGUCACGACAGACCACCACCGAGCUUGCUCCCCAUUGGAUAGUGUCCUCGCGUCUGACGGGUUAAUUUGCAUAAAGUUGAGUCGCGGUCAACUUUUGGGUGCGCUGGAGCUGCUCAAACGGCCGCGACGCCUACCCAAAAUGCUUUGCAGGGACGUCAGCAAUGGUUUGACGCGAUCCAUAGGAAAUGAAUAGGCAUAAGCAUCACGGCGGACACAUAAAACGCCAGUGGAUCCCAGGCGUGAGCCUCUGUGAACAGACUCUGCCAGUGAACUCUGUCUCUGUGUCAGAGGUCUAGAUGUUGAGGCAUUUCCCUCCUCCUCCCUUCUUUUAAGUUAGAGCUCCAGAGUAACUCAAGAAUACAUACACUAAUUAUGAAAAAACUUAAAAAAAUGUUUAAUAGGAUAUAAUGAUGAAGUAAUUGCAUUUUAUAUCCAAAAGGUCAAAGGUGAACUUUACUGUGCCAUCAUAAAGUUCUGCAAAAAACCUUAUCUGGCCAUUACUUCAUACUACUACUACUACUACAUCAUAUGUCAGAACAGAAGAGAAGACAUAUGGUCAGAUACUGUAUUGGUGACACUUAUCUUGAAAUUGUGCUAUUUGUAUAGAUCUUCUGUGCUGUUGGGGGGAAGAUGUGUGUGAAGCAUCCAUGUUUUCACAGAAACUUGAUUAGUUUGCAGAGGUAUACAACUGCAAGAUGGUAAUUCUGGUUUUCCUAAAACUAGUUACGGUGCACAAUGCUGUGUGCUUCGCAUGUGCAAUGCAUAUGUUGUUUGAGACAACACAAAAGCACUAGAUGUGUUCACAACAACGGAACAUUGUAUUUCAAGAGUCAAACUGUCUGUGCAAACAAAUUGAUAAGAUAUAGAAGAGAGAAACUAAUCACUGUUUUGGUAUUGAUUCUAUUGAUUGCUAGGCUCAGUCUUUUAUAUGAAAGCAUAAUAUCUAUAGUAUUGAUAUUUUUGAUAUUUUAAGUGAUCAUAUGGUAGAGCCAAAGAGACAUGUAGGUACAGGAUUCUGCACUUAACAGAAGGAGUGUGGCAUGGCCCACUGGAGCUGUCCACACUGAGGUAUUUAUACAGCCAUGGUGCUAAGAGUUAAGUGUAUGAGUGUGUAUUAUCAAAGUAUGGAUGUGGACUUAAAUAAACAGCAUAGUCUGCUAUUCAAUGCAAUAAUGGAAAGCUGCAGUACCAGAAGCUGCAGUCUCAGGACCGCAGUUUCAGGACCGCAGUUCUAGGGCCCUUCAGUUUUCGUCACAGCACCACCUACCGAGCGGAGGCUGCAAUAAUGGAGGCUGCAGUUUGAGGACCGCAGUUUUAGGACCGUUUAAUUUGCCGAGCAGAGGCUGCAAUUACCUUUAUUUUAUUUUUACUUUUUGUUGUACCCAAAUACUACUUUUUUAUUAAAUAGUUAUAAUCAGUGUUGAGCAGUAACUCGUUAUUUAGUAACACAUUACUGUAAUUUGAUUAUCAAAAAUAGGAGAAAUUAAUUAGUAAUAGUAGGCCUAAUUAGAUUAUAGUUACAAGCCCAGGUUCAUUACCAUUGCCAGUAACGCAGUGUUGGCCCGCCCCGCCUGACCUCCGUGGUCUUCUCUGCUCCUCUCACCCACACUUAAACACCCAUCCUGGGCUACACAGUGUCGGGACGCUCCACUGUGCUGCUAGAGUUUGUUCUGUGUUGUUUAUUAUUAUUUAUUUUUUGAGGGAAUGGAGUAACUAGUAAUGUAACUGAUUACUUGUGAAAUAAGUAAACAGAUCAGAACUGUGAUUACUUUUUGAAGGAGUAAAAAGUAAUUUAAUUACUCUUAAAUAAAUCUGAGCUGACUGACUCCUCACCAGAUAUUAAAGAUUACAAAAACAUAAAACACAAGGAUUACUGUGGGGACAGAUUAAAAAUAUUAAACUGAACAUGUAUAAAUAUAUAAAAAUGUACAAAAAACAAUCAAUAAGAAAUAAAAAGUCAGAGAGACAAGUUUAUUUUUCUUCCCAUUUUUAAUGGAAAUUCAAUUCCUCGAUCUUCCUUCUCUUUGCAAGCUUCUGUAUGAAGUCUUCCACUUCACUAAAUUGGUAACAGAGAACACAAUGAUUGCCAAGUUGAUAUUUUACUUCAAAUUGCAUUUGAAAAUGUAAUUAUCCACCCUUACCUUUAAUCAUAAACUGGACCAGACAGAUAGGCCUGGUCAGCCUCCUGUGAGGAUAGCCCCUUGAGCUCAGUCAGUCCAUAUAUGAGUGCCUACCGCCAGAAUAUACACACACAUUAUACUUAACUCCUCAAAAAAGGUUUGGAAAUGUUAUUUCAGUCAAUUACUUCUCCCCUUUAAUUAUACCAAGUGGUGUUGUAUUUUAUAUUGUUGGAAAGCCUGAUUAGUCAUCUUUACAACGAGGUACAACUUGUAAGGAUCAUGCAUUAGUGGAAUGAGCAACACAUCUAAACAUGUGGGUAACGCCCCAAAACAAUGUGCCAAAAUCCCCUGCAACAUUCUCCUGUUGGUAUUCACACUUGUUCGGAGCUUCAAGUGCUGCUAGGUGUGUGUCAGUCACAGGUGUAUGGCACCCGAUUGGAGUCCAAACCUCAACCAAAUUGAACACUUGUGGGAUCAGCUGGUUGACCUUCAACAACUCCUGGUUGAGGAAUGGGAUGCCACCCCACAGCGAAAUGUGACCAGCAUGAGGAGGAGGUGCCAAGCUGUUGUGGCUGCGUAUGGCUCUUCCACACUCUACUGAGGUCCCUGACAGUGUCAAAUGAAUAAACUGUAAAAAUGGCCAA